UCGGUCACAAGAAUCCGGCUCGACUCGAUCUGUGAUCACCUUCUCUUUUUAUUCAGACAGCAACCCCAAAAAAGCUUGGCUUGACUUUGAGGCGUACAAUUUUAGAAGAGCCACCUUGUCGACUUUUUUUUUUUUCCUUUUCGCUCUCUCUCUGGGGUGUUUGCCUUCUUCUUUUGUACUUGCUGGGAGAUUGGGACCAUGUCUCUUGCCAGCAUCCUACCGGAAGAGUCUACGUUUUCUGAUUUCAAGAAUCAGUGUUUAUCCACGGAGAAUUGGCUGAGCAAAUACAACAGCCAAGGGAUGCAGGUGUGGAUGGAAGUGCCCACAGACAAGAGCAAGCGCAGAGGGCCUAAAGUACACAAGAUCAAGUGUAAAAUAACAAUCAAAGACGUCUCCGCGGUGACCAUGUACGACGUCAUCCACGACAGCGAGUACCGGAAGACGUGGGACGCCGCUAUGGUGGAGAGCUUCGACAUCGCCCGCGUCUCCGCCUGCGCCGACCUCGGCUACUACUCAUGGCAUUGUCCAAAUCCGAUAAAGAACCGAGAUGUGGUGACCCUGCGCUCGUGGCGAGUGACGGACGACGAGUACAUCAUCAUCAACUUCUCCGUCAAACAUCCGAAAUUCCCCCCUCGCAGUGACAUGGUGAGAGCCGUUUCCAUCAUCACCGGUUAUUACAUCAAGCCCACGGGUCCCAGCAGCUGCAUUUUCAUCUAUCUUUCACAAGCCGACCCCAAAGGUUCUCUUCCAAAGUGGCUGGUAAACAAAGCUUCUGAGGUCCUGGCGCCGCGGAUGCUGCGGUACGUUCUCCAGGCGGGUCAGAAGUACCCCGAGUGGAAGGAGCAGAACUCUCCGGAGCAGAAGCCCUGGCUGUUUCCCGAGCAGUGCACCCUGCCCAAGAUGGACCCCGCCGAACUGGCCAUACAGCGGGGCGACUCGCUGGAGAACGUGGACGAAAGCUCCAAACAGGACGCUAACCCUCAGGAAUGACGUGUUUACACAUUUUGGAAUCGCCUCAGUCCAUGCUGAAAUAAGAUGAAUGAAUUAUUAUUUUGUUGUUGGUACUUUAGCGCACAUGUUUGGGCGUUGUUGCUGCACUAUAUGUUUUUACAGUCGUUUUUUUUCCGUUGGGCCCUUUUCAUUGUUUUCACAAAAAUAAAAGGAGUUUUGGGUCCCAUGGAGCUCAGCGCACAUGAAAUCGAUUCAUUUUUUAAGGAAAAUAUAAAAAUUAUAAGCUGUGCGUUUGGUAUUAAUGCGAUUUUUACUUUUGGUGGCACACAUCUUUUUUUUUUUACAUGCAAUACUGGAAGACUAUUUGUGCAACAAAGUCGUAAAUAUUUUAUUUUUUUUCUUGUACUGUCUCGUUUUAAUAUCUGCUUACUUGAUUGAUAGAAAUGAUCUGUUGUAUUUAUUUGAUGUUUAUGAUUGAGGAAAACACUGAAAUGAAGCCCGGUGGCAGACAGAUUUUUUUUUCUGAUGAUGUUCAGCUGAUGUCUGCUUGUGAACUUUUGGGGGAGAGAAAAUAA